AUGCCGCUAGUCUCGUCUGAAGUGGACUCGAACGACCCUUACUUGACUAUCUUGAUUCAUGUUCGCAGUGUCUCCAGUCUCCAAGCGACGUGCUCACACCCAUUCCUACUACCAAAUAUCUGGGUCGAGUGGAGAGCCCGACACCACGUCCAUGAAGCUCGCAAUGACAUAUCCAAAUUCGCAUUCCACGCGUGUAAUCCCUGUGCAAGCAUGCCAUGUCCAGGAACAGGCGAGCUGGACGGCAUGGACGGCAUGGACUGGGGCGAGCUCGUGUUCUCGCAUGCUCAUUGA